GUCUCUCUGAUGUGCCCCACGUGCCGUCGACACCCCAGAGACCUAACCAUAAAAGGUUAGGGGGAUAGGCCUUAGCCAGAAGCCCUCCUUAAAUAGCUUCCAUGGGCCAUUCCACUUGUCACGCAACAGCGCAUCGACCCUUGCUCGUCGCCUGCAAGGCUGCAGAUGGCUAACUUCGACCCUUUCAUAACGCUACAGAUACGAUACCUUUAACAUUCGGGCAUCGCGCCACCUCCAAUCCUCACCUUGGGCUCCCAGCGAUGAUACUUGCGACUGGCAACUGUUCAAUACAGCCCUCGACCGCCAUGUUUCGACCCUUCGAGAAAGAACGUGUGGCGCGCGGAUACGGACGGCCUAUCGUAUCUGACACCAUCAACGAUUCACGUAUCCAGGGCUUUCUACAUUGUCAUGACCGAGACUCCACGGAAAGCUCGAUGUCUUCAUCUGCUAUCGGAGCUUCGGCUGCUAAUUGGCGUGGACUUGACCAACAGUUGCAUCAUCACUACUCAGAAUCGAUGACGACCUCCGCCUCGUAUCACCCGCGCCCCAAUUACAAUACUUAUCUGUCUGGCACAGCAGGGAGCCAUGAGCACGAUGUUUAUUCGUCGUCGGUCUCCAGCGCAAACAACCAAUUCAAGCCUAACCCAACACAUGCGCAUCCAUAUGACCGGUGGCAGCCGUGCACGGUAGAGAUAGCAUCCCAACCAGUCCUUCAGCAACAUCAACUGCUAUCCGAAGGGCCUGACUCGAGUCCCGCCGCUGAUGCGAUCGAACCGAUGAUUCCCUUAUCGCCAAGUUCCGACAGCACGGCGUUGUCCAGCUCGCCAGUCACUGCUGGUCUUACGGCUUUAGUUCCAUUAAGCGAAUUUGUCGCUCCAGAGCCCCAGCUGUCACCGUCGUCUUCCACUUCACCAGGCAGGAUCAGUGCUGAAGUUCUUGGUGGUAGCAGCGGGUCUGCGACGGGCUCCAGCUCUGGAUCGGUCACCGUCGGAUUCGGCGCACUGAUUGUCGGCAGCUCAGUAUUGGCAGACAAAUUCGCGACCUCCCUGCUGUCCUCCCAAGAGAAGAUGCUGCACGAUGCCCAAGUCAUCGCCAAAUUGCGCGCGAGGUGUGAACCAGGUGGCGAGACGGAUGCGGCAUGCGACUUUUGUAGGAAAAGGAAGAUCAAGUGCGAUCGAGUCAAGCCAAUGUGUGGCAAGUGCCAAAAGCUUGGGAGAGCGUGCAUGAUCACGGAUACCUUGAAGAAGAGGGGGCCGCCGACUAAAGUAGAGAAAUUGAUGCUGCAUGCUGCUGGUGUGGAUUUCCAAAGCCGACGGAUUCGCAAAAGAGAGAGAGAGCUGGCCAGAGCCCAUAUCCAAGCUUUUGCCUCCUCAAGCGAUACAGGGUAUGAUUCAGCGUCGCAACCCUCGCCUGAAAGUGAGUCAAGCUCUGGGCGUCAGACGCUGGGCAACGCAAGCACUUCAUUGUCCGGUACUUCGAAAGAGCCGAUUUCCUCAAGCACUUCGGCCCGAAGCCGUCGAUUGCGUCAGCAGCGCCUGGUAGUAAGCAAGGAACAUCUUGAACCCAUUCCCGUCUCCGUUCCACGCAGCGCUACUCGGGCGUACAUUGACAAGAUAAGCCACAGCAGCUAUCCUGAGCAUCAAUGGAGCGCCAGCGGGUUUGACUUAGCGCAUGACCAUUGUGACCUUUCCCCGCACAGCGUACCGUCAUGGGUGUCAGUCCUGCCGCCUUCGACGACUUGUAGGCAGCGAACGUCCACGGGGUCUGCAAGCAUCUAUGACUCGCCCAUAAGCGUCUUGAAGUCUCUUUCAAGCACUUUCGACUCAUCAGCGAGCAUCGUGGACUCACCUGCUCCUCAGCGCGGCUUCAUCAUGGAUGGCGUCGACAGUACAAUGAGUGGCAGCAUUGUCCCAUUGCCUUUCAGCCUGCUUGGUGGCAGCACAGGUGCGAGCAUCGAUGACCUUGCUGCCACGUCCACUGUAGCCACGGGGACACCGCAGCAGUGGAGCAGGCUGCCGAUGUUUUCAAACGGGUCUUUACCCGCCGAACAUGGGCUGCCGCCAUCGCAGGGGCUUCAGUCUCCUCGUCACCAUCAACUUGCCCCAGUGGAAAGGUUUCAUGCUGGCGCAUUCCAGUAGUAUUCAAGCAGCGCGCCGGACGGACUCGCCGGACCGGUGUGGGAGUGCGUCUCGCACGUGCCAGACAAAACAUCUGAAGUCUAUCGCCAGGAUGUUUACGCGCAGUCGCAUCCGAUGAGCUCCGAUGCUAAUGUGAUCCGUCACCUCGAAUGGCAGAAGCGGUACUCGGCGCUACAUUGAAUCGCAACAGCAGCUCGAGAAUUCAACCUC